CGGAAGAGUUCGGUGAGAAACGUCGUUUCCGAACGUUUAUACUUACGGCAUCUUCGUCGAAGGGAGACGACGCGGACCAAGAUGACUGCGACGCCAAAAAUGCCUCGGAAUUGGUCGCUUCGCAGACUGUUAAGUGCCACGCAAGCCAGCCCAGCUGUGGGCCAAGCUUCCGAAGUUGGGGCAGCGCGACGUCAUCUCCUAGGCCCAACAGUUGGAGGUGUAGGGCCGCAUGCCUCAAUAGCCGCAGGCUCAUGAUGGUACUGGUCUUUCUAUGCUGCGUUGUCUGUACUCGCGUGGGCGUUCGAGGAGCGACUGCUUUGCGGAGACCUGGGGGGAAGGAACUCCCGCGCUGCAAUUCCCAAUAAACCAACCGACCCCGCUGUCACCUGUUCCAAGCAAGUUGCCUCCCAAUACAAUCCGUCAUGGCCUGCUGGAAACUCCCAUCGACAACUGGCAGGUCGGUUUGUAUUCUCGGAGCGGGCGUACUGGGACGGCGCAUCGGCGCCUGCUGGGCCUCAACCGGAUACAAAGUGCGCAUCAGGGACCCCGACGCCCGACAGGUCGAGUCCGCACAACAGUACAUCAAGAGCGAACUUCCGCGAUACAAACCUACCAUCAGGCCCGGGGACGUCUCCGUUCAGGUAUUUCAAGACUUGAAGCCGGCACUCCGAGAUGCCUGGCUCGUCAUCGAGUGUGUUCCGGAGAAGCUGGACCUCAAGAUCGAUACGUUUGCCGAGCUCGAGCAGCUUGCGCCGUCCGAUUCGAUCCUCGCCACGAACUCCUCGUCCUACAAAUCGCGAGAGAUCGCCGCCAAGGUCAAGCCCGAGACGGCCCGACGCAUGUUGAACACGCACUACUUCAUCCCGCCGAAGCUCCGCAUCGUGGAGCUCAUGACAAGCGGCUCGACGCACGACGAGAUCUUUCCCUUUCUCCAGGCGCACCUGCGAUCGUCCGGCAUGUUCCCCAUCGUUGCCCGGCGUGAAUCUACCGGGUUCAUUCUCAACCGCGUCUGGGCUGCUGUCAAGCGAGAAUGCCUGAUGGUUCUGUCUGAAGGCGUUGCCACGCCUGAGGAACUUGAUGCCGCGUGGACCGAGUUGUUCGUCAAGAAUGCGGUGCGGCCCUGCGAGAUGAUGGAUCAGGUCGGCCUCGACACGGUCUGUCUCAUCGAGCAGCACUACAUCGCCGAGCGCGGCCUCCGGGACCCGGGUUUGAUCCCGUACCUUCAGCGGUUUAUCAACGAGGGCAGGCUGGGAGCCAAGAGCGACAAGGGUGGUCUCUACCCGGCGAAGCAGCACACCGAGCCGCCCGGCCAUGGCGUUGAAGCUGGCACAUCAGAUGGACCUGGAUGGUAAAGGGGGGCAACAGCACAUGCGGGAUGCUUGCCGGAAAUCCCAUCGCGUUCCGCAGGGGGCGGCAAACGCAAGCUGCAUCAUUGUUUGCCAUUGAAUCAUCAGGCCUGUUGUUGUUCUUACCGUACGUAUUCAUAUUGCUGCGUAACUGCCGUGUAUUGGCUCGGUAGGCAAGUUCAUCGAUUUAGGGGUAGGAAUCGAACGCGCUUCCGCGAACGAGUCAACGUCCACCACCUACUGGGCGGU